AUGCAGAUUAAGACCCUCAGCACCACUCUGGCCGUUCUGGCCACGGCUGUCUCAGCCCUGCCAGAGUCAUUAGAGAAGCGUGCUCAGACCAUCAACAAUGUCGAACAUACCUUCUACGGCUUCCCCGACAAUGACCCGCCUUCAGCUCAGACAGCAUACGACUGUGGUUACGGUCGAGGAUACACUGCCGGCGGCAAAGGCACCUAUGACGAUCCACGCACUUUCGCCACUGCCCCUGGCGAGUUCAACAAGUGUGAGAUUGUCUGGAACCCGUACACCAAGAAGUACCUCAUCUUCCAGGAUACUUGUGAACAGUGCACCAAGGACUGGAAAAACGGCAAAUAUCACAUCGACAUCUGGACCGGGUCAAGCACGCAGAGCGGCGGCAAUGCCCAGAUUCAAUGUGAGAAUAGAUUGACGCCAGAUCGAGGACACAAUGUCGUUCGCAAUGGCAAUACCGGUCAUGAGGCCAACACUGGCCCUCUCUACAGCCCAUCUUCGGGAUACCACCCAGAGAAUGUCUAUCCAGAUGGAAACUAA